AGGAUUAAGGAAGGAAGGAAGAAAGCAAAUUGAAGAAAAAAUGGUGCAAUUAAUUCCACAUAUUGUAGCUAUGCCUUAUCCAGCACAAGGCCAUGUUCUUCCCUUAAUGGAACUCUCCUUGUGGUUAGUCAAAGAAGGUUGCAAAAUCACCUUUAUUAACACUGAAUUCAAUCACAAAAGAGUGAUCAAUUCAUUAUCUGAAAACGACGACGUACGCAAUAAGAUAAACUUAGUUUCAGUCCCAGAUGGAUUGGAACCUCAUGAAGACAGAACAGACCUUAAAAGGUUGACAGAAUCACUUGCUGAAGUUAUGCCUGGGAGACUUGAGGGAGUUAUAAAAAUGAUUAAUGAGUUUGAUGAAAAUGGAGUUUCAUGUGUCAUAGUUGAUCAGAGUAUGGGAUGGGCACUAAGAGUUGCUGAAAAAUUAAAUAUUAGAAGAGUUGCAUUUUGGCCAGCAGCUGCUGCUACACUAGCCUCAAUAUUUAGCGUCUCAAAACUCAUCGAUGACGGAAUCAUAGAUCAUGAUGGGUCUAUCUUGAAGACACAAGGGAUUAAGCUGUCACCAAACAUGCCCAUCAUGAACCCAUCAGACUUUAUAUGGGCUUGCUUCCCUGAUAAAUCAAUGAAUAAAAUGAUAAUGAAUGUAGUAGCAGAAAACAACGAAAGAGUAAAAUUCGCAGAUUGGGUCAUCUGUAACUCCGCAAAGGAGCUGGAGCCUGGAGCAUUUGACAUGUACCCUCAAGUGUCACCAAUAGGACCCCUUUUGGCAAGCAACAGAUUAGGAUCUGCAGCAGGGAACUUCUGGCCUGAAGACUCGAAUUGCCUAAAAUGGCUUGAUCAGCAGCCAGAUAACUCAGUCAUUUAUGUAGCGUUUGGUAGCUUUACAAUCUUGGAUUUAACUCAAUUCCAGGAGCUGGCACUUGGGCUAGAAUCAUCCAAAAAACGAUUCUUGUGGGUGGUUAGAGAAGAUCUAAUUUUGGAUGGUGGCGAUAGUGCUUACCCAAAAGGUUUCAAAGACAGAGUAGGCAGUCGAGGCCAUAUAGUUAAAUGGGCACCUCAACAAAAAGUGCUAGCCCAUCCUUCUAUUGCAUGCUUUUUGAGUCAUUGUGGAUGGAAUUCGACUGUCGAGAGCGUAAGCAACGGUGUGCCUUUCUUGUGCUGGCCUUAUUUUGCUGACCAGUUGUUCAAUCAGAGUUACAUUUGUGAUGUUUGGAAAGUUGGAUUGGGAUUAAACAAAAAUGAGUUUGGGGUUAUUGGUAAAGAAGAAAUCAAGAAUAAGAUGGAUAAGCUAUUUGGUGAUGAAACAUUUAAAGAAAGGGCUUUAGAUCUUCAAGCAAAGGUUAACUCUAGUGUCAAAAAAGGAGGAACUUCUAACAAGAUGUUUGGUAAAUUUAUUGGCUGGAUCAAGACUCAAAGAGGUGCAAUCUAAGUGGGAAAAUAAGUAAUAAGAAAAGGACCAUAACGCUCACGAAUACAAUGUGGACGAUCUUUAAUUUGGUAAACUAGCUUCUGGUUCAAAAUGUCCUCAUUUGAAAAUUUUCAUUUCUGUCAAAUGUCUCUAGCUUAAAGGAAAUUAUAUCAACAAGUUACUUUUGUU